AUGUCUUCUCCUUCCACUCUUGAGUCGACUCAAAUGUCUUCUCCUUCCACUCUUGAGUCGACUCAAAUGUCUUCUCCUUCCACUCUUGAGUCGACUCAAAUGUCUUCUCCUUCCACUCUUGAAUCGACUCAAAUGUCUUCUCCUUCCACUCUUGAGUCGACUCAAAUGUCUUCUCCUUCCACUCUUGAGUCGACUCAAAUGUCUUCUCCUUCCACUCUUGAGUCGACUCAAAUGUCUUCUCCUUCCACUCUUGAGUCGACUCAAAUGUCUUCUCCUUCCACUCUUGAGUCGACUCAAAUGUCUUCUCCUUCCACUCUUGAGUCGACUCAAAUGUCUUCUCCUUCCACUCUUGAGUCGACUCAAAUGUCUUCUCCUUCCACUCUUGAGUCGACUCAAAUGUCUUCUCCUUCCACUCUUGAGUCGACUCAAAUGUCUUCUCCUUCCACUCUCCCCCUUCUCCUUUCCCCCGCCCUCUUCCCUUCCCUUCCAUCUAGACUCGUCAAAAUCGUUCGAGAUGGACCGGCUGUAGUGCCUCUAGAAGAGCUGGGAGCAGGCGUACGCAAGUAUGAGGGUUGGUGCAGGUACACGCAGCCUCCCAACGCGUGGCAAUCGUGGGGCAUCCCCAUCCUCAUCGCCCUCUUCGCCCUCCUCCUCGUGCUGCUCGUGCUGCUGGCGGCAUGGAUCCAGCGAGCGCAGUUCUUCCAGACGCAGCAGCACAUGGCAGAGGCAGACAGGCUGAGGAAGGAAGCAGAGGACGCUGAGGCGUCAAAGAGCAUGUUCGUGGCGUGCAUGUCUCACGAGCUGAGGACACCGAUGACUGGGAUCAUCGGCAUGCUCCAUGCUCUAGCGGACAUGACUCUCCAACCCCUUGACCUAUCAGACCCAACUUGUCCAUACCACGUUCUCUUGGCACCAUGCUCCCUUCUUCCAUCAUCCCUCUCUCCCACUAGGCAUGCUCGAUGCUUUGGCAGAUGCUACGCACCGUCCUUCAUGCACCCCUCCCUCUCCCCCACUCCCCCACCAGGCAUGCUCGAUGCUUUGGCAGACAUGGCGCUCCAACCCCCUGACCUAUCAGACCUGCUCAUCGCGCGGGGGUGUGCGACGGAUACGCUGCAUCUGGUCAACCGCGUGUUGGAUCUGGCGAAGCUGGAGGCAGGAAGGGCGGUGGUGGAUGAGGCGGUGACCGAUGUGCGCCAGUGGCUGCAUGGCGCGUUGCACAGGCACGCAGAGGAGGCACGCUCGAAAGGGAUUGAAUGCAGGGCGGUGGGGGAUGAGAUGGUGGUUGACGUGAGGGAGUGGCUGCAUGCCGCCUUGGACCGGCACGUGGAGGCAGCACGCUCCAAAGGAAUCGAGUGUGAGUGGCUCUUUGAGAUUUCUUUCCAAACGCAAGCUUUGGUUGCCGGUGAUUGA